AUCACACACUACGGACAAUUUUCCAGAGAUGCCAAUCAACCUACCAUGCAUGUCUUUGGACCGGGAGAGGAAACUGGAGUACCCGGAGGAAACCCCCGAGGCACGGGGAGAACAUGCAAACUCCACACACACAAGGCGGAGGCGGGAAUCGAACCCCCGACCCUGGAGGUGUGAGGCGAACGUGCUAACCAGUAAGCCACCGUGCCCUCUAAUAACAAACUAUGGAAAUAACUGCAGAACAUUUAGAAAGUCACCUCCUGGUACCAGAUUUCUCACCCUCACGCUGUGGUGGGCUGUUUACACAACUGGGGAAUCGUUCACAACAAAAUGCUCUUCAGCACCCAGAUCAUUCUGGCAGAUGGAUUUAUCUCUGCAACUUCUGUUGCUAAGGCAACGCCCUGGGCCACGCCCCUAGGCUCCAUUACGCCCCGCCUCCUUCUCGCUGUCUCGUCGUUAUAUAAACCCCCGGUUUCCGACCUGAACUUCAUUCAUUCCGCUCUACGCUUGUGCGAACGCGAGGAAGACGUGGUUUAUUCCUUUCAAUAUUUUGGACUAUCGAAUUAAGGCAGAAGGAUGAAAUCUGCUUGUCUGGUCGCUUCUCAGACGCAUAGGACAUCCCCAGUGGGCUCCAGGAUGGAACAGUCACCUGUCAGCAGCAGGCCAGUCCUCUGGAGACCAUGGCUCAUGACCAAUCAGGACUCUCGUCCCGUGAGCCUGAGGAGCAAGCUUAUCUGUCCUUAUUCCCGACCAGCGGUGCCAAGCAACACCAUGGCAGAUGGCAAAACUCAGCCUUUCCAGCACCCUGUGAGACUGUUCUGGCCAAAAUCCAAGUCAUUUGACUACCUCUACAGCGAUGGUGAAGCACUGCUGAGAAACUUCCCAGUCCAGGCAACUAUCUGUUUCUAUGACGAGUCUGAUAGCGAAGACGAGGAGGAACAGGACGACUGGGAAGACGAGGAAGAUGAUGAUGACAAAGAGUUCCCAAAACCCCAGGGCCAUUUUUGCAACUAUAACUGAAUUGCGAACUGAAUUGAGCUCGGUUGCAAAUACACCCAAGGAACAUCAGACAUUCAAGUCAGGACUGUCUAAUCACUGAGAAAAUAUCAUAACCAAACCUGCAUAGUUCUGAAUAUUAUCACAAAAAAAAGACAAGAGAACAUCUUCAGAACUGGAUGGUUUUCCAAACUGUAAUUUCCUCUGGGAAAUGUAACAAACGAUCCCACAUUGGGAUGAAUGUUUCCAAGAUGAUUCAGGGUCUUUUUUGUAUGCCUAAAAGAUUCCUUUAUUUUAUUUCCU